AUGUCUACCGGAGACCCUGGGUCCCCACUGCCGGCACCGCCACCACCGGUAUCCGCCACCAGCGUCCAGCCCCCCCGCGACCGGAUCCCGAUAAGCUCGAAGAAGACGCAAGUCACGGGCCCCGCCACCGCCGCACCCAACUAUGCUGCCGCUGUGAGUCAGAUGGCGACUCAAACACCUGAACAACAGCAACAACAACAACAGCGUGCCAAGGCUCUGGGCAGCCUCCUACAAGCCAUGGGUGCUGUACCCGGAAACCGCAUGGAUCGCUGGGUCCAGGCCAUCUACUUCGCCGAACUCUACCCCGUCGCCACCGCCACAUCGCUGAAAUUUUCGGCCUUGAACGCGAACCGGUCCGUCGAGAACAUCUUCGAUUACGCCCUUGAAGUGACUCUGUCUCACCAGAGCGCCUCGCGAGCGACUCAUGCCGACAAGAUCGAUCUCGUGGCCUGCGUCACGAGGCUGCUAUCGCCCAUCUCUCCUAUCUGCUUUGAGCCUGGAGUUCCUCUGCCGGACCAUCUUGCGGCUUAUCAACCACAGAUCUUAGGCGUACAACAUUCAUCAAUCCUGCGUAAUGGGGCGGCUCACCAUCGCGUUACGGUUGGGUUCGUCACCGGCGAGGCACGUGACGCGGCACUCACGACGCCCCCCUGUCAGGAUGACAGCGUGUACUCGAAGGAAGCCCCCCAAGGCUAUGUGCGGGUAGAGUUGACUUGA